CGCCUCUCUCUCUCCGCAGGCCUAUGGCUGGGCGCUGGAGGGAAUGCGUCAUCUAGCCGGCGUCAGUAUGGAGGAGUGCACCCUGCCAGACAAGUGCCAGGCUGUGAUUGGCUGCCUGGAGGACUACCAGAGUCGGCACCCACCGAUCCCAGACUCACGUUUUCAGGAGAUGAAGGUGGAGGCGGAGGAGCUGCGGGGCGAGCGAGGCCUCCACCAGUGGAGCUUCGCCUGGUCCAAGUGUCAGGAGACCAAGAAGGUGUUUGACAGGAAGAUGGAGGCAGCGAUCAGGACACGAGACUCCGCCCAGAGUAGAUGCUCUGACCCUGCCCCAAUUAGAAGCUCCACCUCCUCCAGGAAGAUGCCAUCAGGACUCCGAGGGGUCUGCCAGACAUCUUCCCCCUCCUCCUGCCCUGUAGAGGAUGCCAACACCUCCUCACCUCCUCGUAACGCCUCCCCGCUGCUCCCCAUCACCUCCUCACCCAUCACCUCCACCCCCCAGCACACACCGCUCCUCCAGCGUCUGUUCCGUAGCAGCUCCUCGGAUGUGUCUUCAGACCGUUCAGACCGGGUGGACGUCUGCUCCUCCAGUCCCAGCCUCCCCCGCCUCGACUCCCCCUCCUCCUCCUCCUUCUCCAGUAGGCGGCAGCAUCUCAGGAAAACUCAGAGCUUCGACUGCCCCUCCACCCCCGAGGCUUUGCGGUAUGGUCCAUGUCCUCGCACCCACAGCGAGCCAGUACGCAGAGGAAACACCGGCGUGUUCAUCCGCGGCCUGGAGGUCAGUAGCACCGAGGCGGCCGACCGCACGCUCUGCCCCAGGACGCCUGCUCACAGCUGGGGAGGUCAGGGAUGCAGCCCCGGGACGCCCAGCACCCCGCGAACCACCGGCAGCCCCGCAGCUGACCCCCGACCCAGGGGAAGUAAGCUGCGUCACAUCGUGGAGGAAAUGAUCACCACGGAGCAGGAGUACGUGCGCUCGCUGCGAUACAUCAUCCAUCACUACUUCCCUGAGAUGGACCGCGUGGACCUUCCUCAGGACCUGAGGGGGAAACGAUCCGUCGUCUUCGGGAACCUGGAGAAACUUCUGGACUUUCACAGUCAGUUCUUCCUCCGAGAGCUGGAGUCCUGCUGGAAACACCCGCUCAGAGUCCCUCACUGCUUCCUCCGACACCAGGAACAGUUCGGUCUCUACGCUCUUUACAGUAAAAACAAACCUAAGUCUGACGCUCUGCUGUCCAACCACGGAAACUCCUUCUUCAGGAGGAAGCAGGUGGACCUGGGCGAUAAGAUGGACCUGUCGUCCUACCUGUUGAAGCCCAUUCAGAGGAUGAGUAAAUACGCUCUGCUGCUCACCGACCUCAUCAAGGAGGUGGGCGUGGCUCAGGAGGCGGAGCUUGUCGCCCUGCAGGCCGCCACCAAGAUGGUCAAGUUUCAGCUUCGCCACGGAAACGACCUGCUGGCAAUGGACGCCAUCCGAGACUGUGACGUGAAUCUGAAGGAGCAGGGUCAGCUGAUCCGUCAGGACGAGUUCACCAUCUGGAGCGGCAGGAGGAAGUGUCAGCGUCACAUCUUCCUGUUCGAUGAGCUCGUUCUCUUCAGCAAACCCAAGAAGAUGGAGGGAGGUCUGGACGUGUUCAUCUACAAACACUCCUUCAAGACCGCAGACGUGGGUCUGACCGAGUCGACGGGGGACAGCGGGCUUCGGUUUGAGAUCUGGUUCAGGAGGAGGACGUCCAAGAAUCAGACGUUCCUCCUUCAGGCGGCGACGCCUGACGUUAAACACGCGUGGACCAAUGACAUCGCCCGACUCCUGUGGACGCAGGCCAACAAGAACAAAGAGAUGCGUCUGAAGGAGAUGGUGUCGAUGGGAGUUGGAAACAAACCGUUUCUGGACAUAAAGCCGAGCGACGCCGCCAUCAGUGACCGAGCUGUUCACUACAUCAUGAAGAGCCGAG